AUGAGCCGCACCGGUGCAAGCGCGUUAAAAAAAACGCCUCAAAACAAUAUAAAAUGUAUAAAAAUGGCCGCGACCCGUUUUACAUAUUAGUCUCAAACCGUGUGAGUGAGAGUGAACUACAGUUGUUUAUUUGAAUUCGGAGUUCAAAUAAAUAAUAAUAAAUAAAUUGUGAAAUAAAUAAAUUAAAAAAAGUAUUCAAAUUUUUAAAAAUGAAGUCGUUUAUUGUGUUAGUUCUUCUCGGUGCCGCAGAUUUGAGCCUGCAAGCAAGUGAUUGGUCCUACGAUUACGAGACACAAUGGCCCGGAAUCUGCACGACAGGCCAGCAGCAAUCGCCCAUCAACAUCAUGACCCAGGACGCGGUGCUGGACCCUCACGAAGCCCACAUCCGAGGACACUUGCAGUUCAGAGGCUACGGUGACGUCCGAGUUACAGCGACCAAUAAUGGACAUACUUUAAAAUGGAGCGGUGUAUACGGAACUCCUGCACCAGUAUUAUCUGGUGGUCCUCUCAGAUCAAACUACACGUUCGUGCAGUUCCAUCUACACUGGCUGUCUGAACACGCCAUUGACGGAAUGAAGUAUCCCUUGGAAAUCCACUUCGUGCACGUCAAGACUGGCCUUACUCUAGAACAGGCCUUAGCAAGGCCCGAUGGCCUAGCCGUCGUCGGCGUCAUGGCAUUGGUGAGUCGUGGCACAGACAACGAACGUGCUUUAGCCCAGCUCAUGCCGGCGGUGCCAGAGUUGAUGAACACCACUCAGUACGAGACAGCACCUAAACAUAUUGAUAUGACGCGGCUGCUCAGUCCCGACGUGCAGUCCUACUACACGUACCACGGCUCGCUGACCACUCCACGCUGCCAGGAAGUCGUCACCUGGAUCGUUAUGGACAAACCUAUCUACAUUUCUGACGCCCAGUACAAGAUGUUCGGCAAAGUUGACGUGGGUGGCAACUACAACUACCGCAGCCUGCAGCCGGUCAACAGGGUAGUGUACCGCUCGAUGGCGGCAUCUUGUUCCUCGAUCAUCAUCCCCAGUGUGACGGGCACCCUCAUCAGCUUGCUGAGCUGCCUCUCCUCGUCCUUAGCCUCCGGCAUCAACAAAGGCAUCAACUCACUCCUGAACGUCAAGCGAAAAUUCUUGGGCGACUACAAGCAAUGCGUGAAACUCGCGUAAAGGUUUGAAUUUGAAAAUUGGAACUUUAAAAGUUGCCAGAGUUAAUUGUUUAUGGUAAUAUUAGUGUUGCCAGAAUGUUAAGAGUUGACAUGACAAUGUGUGUUAAGGGGAUUGCUUGGGCCUCGUCGAAAAAAUGACGUCACUUUAAAUAAUAUUAAAGAAACCGGUUUCACAAUUAACACAUAUACUAUGUUAGAUAAUGUAAAUAAUAACAAUUUUAAAAUCGUACAGUUUAAGUUUAACAUCAAAACAAUUGUAUUAGUGACAAGUCAUGAUAGACUCUAUUAGUAUUUUGUAUUUUGACAUUAAUAAAUGAUGAAUGCGGGAUAAUAGAUCAGAUCCCCAUAAUCUCGACUGUGGCGUAGAGUGGACCGGAAACGUGGUGGGUGAAUAAGCAAUCGUAUCACAGGUUGGUGUAUAACGGAAAGAAAAUGUUCAUUUAAACCAGCGGUGUGAAGAAUCCAAUAAACACGCCAGCUGUUUCUCUGAUUGAUGACUUCCCCUUGCCCUUGUUCUCCUUAUUAUAACCGGCACGGGCUUAGCAGAAACGUUCCUGUUCCGAUUAGGAAAUAAUAAUUAGGUCCAAGUAAAUUAGUUAUAUAUGACAGUAGAGUGACAUGAUGUAGUUGUCUUUAUAUAAUAAAUGAAGAGCAGUACCUACGCAAAGGCGAAACGCACAAAGGUGUUGGACCCGGCAAUCCCGUUAAGAGUUCUUGUUUCAAAAGUAUUGUGCCAUAAAGAGGCGGUAAAAUUUCAACGUGCUUUGCUCACAUAGAAAUUAGAUUAGUAAAAGAAAUUUAUUUUGCCAAAAAAUAUGUACAAAAAUUAGAUAUUAUUUCAUUAGAUAAGUGCUAUGUUCCGUAAUGUCAAAACAUUACGUAAAACUUUCCUUGUCUUUUAAUGCCCUGUGACGCCAUCUUGUUUUUUUCAUGGCGGGAAAUCGGAAACACUGACAUUGGAAAUUUCUGUCAAAUAAACUUAUAAUUUGAAAUGAAACGAUACUGUGAUCGCAAAAUCAGUGUUCUUCUAAAGACUUGUCAUAGAAUUUCAAAGAUAGGUCUGCCGUAAUCAUUGAACAUUGCUAAACAUUGUGAAAUUUUCAAUAUCCAUUCUUCUUAAUGCAAAUAAUUUUACGUCACGAUUUAUAUAAUAUAAAUAAUCAUCUAAAAAUCAUACUUUAGUCAUUGUUAGAUAUUGAAUAGAUUAGAAAUCUAUUUUAAUGAUAAAUUAGAAAUAACUAGUUAUCAAGGUAGAUAGAAGAGCAAGCGUUAUAGCUUAAGAUAUUAUAUGUAAUAGAGAUUAUUAGUCACAAAAUUUAUCACUAGACUUGUAUUAAUUGGUGUGAAUUAAAUCGCUUAUAGAUAAUUUUCCUUGAUCGUCAAAUUUUAAUAAAACCCGCUGUGUGCAAAUACAACGCUUUUGGGAGUGCAACAUUUUUCUACUAUCUAAAAGCUUUUGUGCAUUGCUAUUGUUAUUACCAUUAUUAUUUUUUCCGAAAAUCAAAUGGGGUUACAAAAGCAUUUCAUGUUAAAAAGUGCUAUUUACUGCGUCACAAAAAAGGAUCAAUUUCAACUUAUUUUCUGUUAAAAAGUAUUUUUGGUAACAAUGUAAUAGGUGUAUAUUUACGCCGGCUAACAAAAAGUUAAAGCAUUUUCAUCAAAGAAAGUCAUUUAUUAAAAUCAAUAAUCCCUUUUGACAAGUUAAUUCACGGCAAGAAAUCAGUUUCGUACACAAUCAUUCAAUGAAAUUGUAUCGAAUUGAUUAAUUACUGCUUAUCAUAGGUUUCAAGUAAUAAAGCAGAUUAAAUCAUAGGCAAUGCCGAUUAAAGAUUAUUAAGUCUGAGUCCAGACAAUUAUUGUCAGAAGAGAAAACGAACUUUUACUGAAAAAAAAAAUAUAAACACGAAUUUAGUGCGUGACUCAUAAUUUUAAAAAGUCACGUUUUUUUUUAAAUAACGAACUUGCUUUAUUCUGCCAGUGAUGAAUACUGGCCAGCUUUUUUUUUUAAGUUGAAUUUGACAUUAAUCACGCCGCGAAAGUAUGACUUUUUAAAUUUUAUCGUUGCUAUUGGAGUUUGAUUUUUGUAUCAUUAAUAGUUAAAGCCUUUACAUAAACGGCUUAAUUACAGAAUUUAAGGAACAGGUCGGUGUAUAUUCUACAAAUGCGUGCAAUCAUAUAAACAUUGAUACCCGCAUGUAAUAAGUAAUAAUAGCUUUGCUUAGGUGCCGUGACGUUGCUUUAAUCUAUAACAAAUUGAUUAACAUGCUUGUAGAUUGCAGUAAAUAUUUAUAAAUCAAUCUCUUUUCCAUUUCGCCAACUCAUUGAAAUGGCAACGAGAGAAAAAGGUAAAAAGUAAAAAACAGUUUAGGUACUUAACCUACAAUGUUUGCACUAUACGCUGUGGUACCCUUAAUAUUUUCUUGUAUAUCGGAGUCAUAUUGGAUCGAAUAGUUAUUUCCAAGUCUUUGCCAAAUCCUUUUGAUAAAAUUAGAUCUUAAUGAUAAUAAUUAAUACAUGUCCUAUAAAUAAAUGGACUGACGUCAUCAAUGUCUGCCAUAUAUAUUUUUAUCACACAGAUUACUAAAUUGUAUAAAUAAUGUUUUUAUCUUUAUCACCUGCAAGUUAACCAAUCAAUUAGAUUUAUUGGCAAAA